GCGGCUCGGCCAUGGCCUCCCGCCUCUGCCUCUGCCUCCUGCUCGCCGCCGCCGCCGCCACGUCUCCGGGCCGCCUGGUUCCCUAUGACCUGCUGUACGCGGACGGAGUGCGGGCGUACUUCGCCCGGGACUGGGCGAGGGCAGCCGAGCUGCUGCAGCGCGCCCUGCACAGCUACGCGGGGCUGCGGGCGGCCCGCCGCGCCUGCCGCGCCGCCUGCCGCCGGGAGGCGGCUUUCCUCGGCGAGCCGCCGGGGGCCGGGCCGUGGGAGGCCGCCCUCUUCGGGCCGGUGCUGCAGCGCGCCGACUGCCUCCAGCACUGCCUGGGGCGCCGGCUGGGAGCCGCGCCGUCCGCCCACCGCGCCAGCCGGGUCAUCCGCCGCGACUUCGAGCGGCGGGAGCCCUACAACUACCUCCAGGUGGCCUUCUUCCAGCUGAAGAAGCUGGAUCAGGCCGUGUCCGCCGCUCACACCUUCUUCGUCGCUAAUCCCCAGCACCUCCAGAUGCGGGAGGACAUAGAGAAGUACCGGAGGAUGUCAGGGGUGAGGUCGGACAACUUCCGAGACCUGGAGGCCACGCCACACUGGGAAGCAUAUGAGGCCGGGGUGCAGCACUACGAUGCAGAUGAGUACCUGCAGGCUGUGACCAGGCUGGAGGAGUCACUCACAGAGGCGCUGUCAGCACUGGAAGAGUGUCGUGCCCUGUGUGAAGGGCCUUGGGAGGAUGAGGAUGACGAGGAGGAGGAGGAGAUGCAACCUGGCCUGUACGAAGCCAUUGCAGCCCAUUAUAUUCAGGUUUUGAAGUGCAGACAGCAGUGUGUCCUCGAAAUUGCCACAAAGCCAGGGCGGAUAUCUGCCACAGAAGAUUUCAUACCUUCUCAUCUUGAUUUACUGCAGUUUGCCUACGAUCAAGUUGGGAACCAGGCGCUGGCUGCUGAAUGUGCUGCUUCCUACUUGCUCUUCUAUCCCAUGGAUGAGCUAAUGUUGGAGAAGAUGAACCAGUAUCGCACAGAACUGGGAGAGGACAGAGCUAUCACAGCCAGAGAGCGUAUUCAACAUUAUGUGCAGAGAUCUUUGAUGGAGAAGAAGUUGAUUUAUUAUGCAGUGGAGCAUCUAGGAGGAACUUUUAAUGACCCUGAUCUUUGGACUCCAGAUGAGCUGAUUCCUGAAAACCUAAGGGAGAAACACAGAGAGGAUCAGGAGAAGCAAAAGCAGGAAACUCUGGAUGUGGAAGAGAGGGAUAAGAGGGGGCCUUUGCCUUUUGAGGGUAUUGCUGUCACGAUGGAUUCCCACCAGAUGAACGGAACCCAGAGGGUUGUGUUUGACAGAGUGCUGACGGAGUCUGAGUGUAAGGACCUUCUCCGUCUGACAAAGGCCGCGGGAGAAGCAGGAGAUGGCUACCGGGCAAGACGGUCACCUCAUACCCCACAUGAGAGAUUUGAAGGGCUGACUGUUCUGAAGGCCAUGCAACUGGCCCAGAAUGGGGACGUGGACUGGAGAGAUGCCAAAUUGCUUCUGCAGGCCAGUGAGAAAUCACGGAAAAUCAUAGAAUCCUAUUUUACUCCUGGAAAGAAACUGCAUUUCUCCUUCACGCACCUUGUGUGCCGCACAGCCGUAGAUGAGGAACAGGAAGGUCGCAUGGAUCUUAGUCAUCCUGUCCAUGCUGAUAAUUGUCUCUUGGAUCCUGAGGGGCAAGAGUGCUGGAGAGAACCACCUGCCUAUGUGUACAGGGACUACAGUGGCAUUCUCUACCUCAAUGAUGACUUCCAAGGUGGAGGCCUUUUCUUCACUGAAAUGGACACUGUGACUGUCACAGCCGAAGUGCAUCCGAAGUGUGGGAGGCUGGUAGCCUUCAGCUCUGGCAAGGAGAACCCCCAUGGCGUGUGGGCAGUGAGCCGUGGAAGGCGCUGUGCUGUUGCUCUCUGGUACACACACUCCCAGGAGCAUGCUGAGCAGGAACGGGUGAAGGCAGAGGAGCUGAUAGAGCAGAGGGCUGUGGAGCAGGACAAGACUGAUGGAGAAGAACAUCAAGGACCUGAUGGCAGUGGUAGAUCCUCCUCAGAGCCUCCUGUUCCCAGCAGUGAAACCAGUGCCAGCUUCUUGGUCACCCAGGGCCAAAUCUGAGAGGGGAAGGAGGAACCUGGGGUCUUUCAGCAAGGGCUGUCUUCACAUUCAGGAACUUAAACCAGGAGCCUCUGAGUUUCCUAGGCACCUGCACACUCCAGAACCUCGCAACUGGUCUGAAAAGGAGAAGGUGAGGAACUGUAACUCUAUGGAAUAAAAGCAAAAUGCUGG